AACAAGGUUCGCGCCAUUCCUGCAACGUGCCUGAACUUGUCUGUUAAAGGUAAAAGCACGUUGAGUGCGUGAGGGUGGUUUCGGCUGGCUAUUGUGCUCCCGUACUACACGUGGAAAGCCUGUCAUCCCGAACACGACUGGCUUCAUGGACGAGGCUGGGCCAAGUAGUCGCGGUCGUCGCAGAGGACGCGAACUUGCAAACGACGACGAUGAAGCGACGGCGGAGCGUCGUCGGGCCCCCAACUCGGCGAGCACGAAGAAAAAGAGUGACGCUGGCAAGAAGAGCGCGAAAAGAGGCUCAAAGAAAUUGAGCGAUGUGAAGAAGUCGGCUGUCAGUUCAAUUAAGGCAGCGCCGAAAAGGAAAGACAAUCUCGUGCAGUGCCUGAACAACAGUUUGUUGAGAGACGGAUCCAGCGACCAGCAACUUGGCAAGUUGAAGAGGCAGCUGCUGGCUCGGGAAGUGCUUGGCUUCACACUCCCCACUCUGCCCAUGCCAGAGUUCAACGAAUCGGCGCGAGUGACAUGUAUUCAGUGGCACCCAACUCGUCCGAACCUCCUUGCUGUGGGAUCCAAGAACGGCGAGAUUGUACUGUGGAAUGCCUGGGACACCAAGAAGACCGCUCACACACCGCCGACUGGUAGUGGCUCAGCUGUGGCAGCUAUCAAGUUUCAUCCUGAUACGGCAACACAGGUGUACACUGCCACGCUGCUCAGCAAAGUAAUGCUGCAGAACUUCGAAGGAGGCGACCCUCAGGUGUUCUGGGACACGGAGUCCGAGAGGGUGUGGUUUACAUCCUUGGACAUUUUGCAUGAGAGGAAAAUGUUAUUAGCUGGAGACAACAUGGGCUGCGUUUAUGCAUUCAACACUACUGGCGAGUUGAUGUGGCCAGAACCUGUUCGUUUCCAUAAGGGCAAGGUUAAAUAUAUGGAGUUCGUGGGACAGGGCUCAGAUCUAUUGAUAACAGCAUCUGUGGACCACACAGUUCGCAUUUGGGAUGUGCGCAAGCUGGGUGGGGUCAAGGACUUCCUCAUAGAACUGCCACACACUCAGGGAGUGAACUCCGCCUUUGUGAGCCCAUCUGACCGCACCUCGCUGCUUACCACAGACCAGAAAAAUGAGCUGCGUGUAUAUCGAGGUCCUGCUUGGCGAGAACCGCUGAUAAUACCCCAUCCACAUCGUCAGUUCCAGCACCUUACACCCAUUCAGGCGAGUUGGCAUCCCAUGGAGAAUCUCAUUGUGGUCGGACGGUAUCCAGACAAGAACUUCUGUGCCAAUGACACUGUGCGUGGUAUUGACCUCUUUGAUGGCAUCACUGGCGAAUCGCUUGGAAAAGUGGAGGGAUCUCUGAACAUUACCGGCAUUUGCUCGCUUGCUGCUUUCAGUUGCACAGGCGAAAUUUUGGCCACAGGCACAGGUUUCCACUCAAUGAUCCUUCAAGCAGUUGUCGAAGAGUGAAAAUCUGCUGCCUGAAAAUUUGAAAUAUUUCAUUGAUGUUGAGCCAUCUACUGCCUGGAAAUCCAUCUCAGGGGAUAUUUUUAUAUUUUAUUGAUGAUUUUAUUGAUUAUUGAUUUUAUUAAGCCAUCUGUAUGAACUGUAAAUUUUUAACAUAAUGUAUAUAUUACAUAUUUCUGAACUGCGCUACAUCUAUGUCUUGUUUUAUCACCAUUUCAUUGGAAAGGAAAGUUGAGAUUAAAUUCUCGCAAACCUACAAA